AUGGAUGUUAAGGACUCUGAUAAGCCAAAUUUUUGUGUUACUACUACACUGCCGGUUAAGAGGCUAUUCGAUAACAACAAUUCCUUGCGCGGUUCGAUGAAGAAAUCAAAGGUAUCCCCAACACUAAAUGAUGAUGAUGAUGAUUAUGACGAUGAUGAUGAUGUUCCUAUUUUCGCGAGAAUUAAAAUGCCGGUCAUGUGGACUGAUAAAUCAUUUUCCAUACUCAAGGAAGAACUUGCAUUGGUAGAAAACUCAUUUGAGGAAUGCAGAAGAAUGAGUGAAAUAGAAGAGAAGAGAUUGAAGUCCAUAAAGAGGGAUAUUGAGGAGUGUUCCAAAGAGCUUGAAAAUAAGAAAAAGGAAAUUAGUUGUGUUGAAAGAAUUAACGAAGCUCGCAAGAAAAUGCAGGGGAAAGUUGAGGAAUGUUUCAAGGAUUUUGUAGCAAAGGAAGGGCAGGUUCGUUUGAUGGAAGACUUGAUUGGAGAGCGUAAGCAAGAGCUCAAUACGAAAGAGAUGGAACUUCGUCAAGUCUUGGAUAAUAUUUCGAAACAUAAGCAUUUUGAAAGACAAGUGACGCAGUUGGUGAAUGGUUUGGUAUCAAAACAGAAUCAUUUCGAAAGCCAACUGAAAGAGCUUAAGGCAAAAGAGGAGCAAUAUCAAGGCAAAUUCAAGGAGCAUCAGUCGAAGGAGAGUAAGUUUGAAGGUCGAGUGAAAGAGUUGGAAUCGGAAAAGAAGCAUUUUGAGAGUCGACUGAAGGAGCUUGAAUCAAAAGAAAAACAAUUCAAAGAACAAAUGAAAGAGUUACUGUCGAACAAUGAGGAAUUUAAAGGUCAAGUGAAGGAGUUUGAAUUGAAAGAGGAGGAGCUAAUAUCACAAAAGAAGCAAUUUGAAAACCAAGUUGAGGACUUCAAAUUAAAAGAGAAGCAAUUUGAAGGACGAUGGAAAGAACUUGAGUCAAAAGAGAAUAAAUUCAAAGUAAAGGUGAAUGAGCUAAAGUUAAAAGAGAAGCAGUUUGAAGGACAGGAAGAAGAAUUCGUUACAUCUUACAUGGAUAAUGAAUUAAGUCCUACCAUUGAUGAUGGAACAAGUUUUCAGUUGCUCCCAAGAGACAAAACUGAAAUUCUAGCUAAUCUGCGAGAAUCAUCAGAUCCAGCUAAAGUGGUUUUGGAUGUAAUACAGAACCCCUUUAUUCCACGGUGUAAGAUGGGAGACAAUGCUGUGAUUAUUGACGAUAGACACAUCUAUCUGCUAGAACAACUGAUGAGAAUCUCACCAAAUAUUAAACCUUGUGUAAGAGAAGAUGCAUUGAAGCUAGCACUAGAUUUGAAAGCUAACAUGAAAGAAAAUACUGAAAAUUCUUUGGUGGUUCUCGGUUUUCUACUGCUUUUGUCGAUUUAUGGAUUGGUUAGUUAUUUCGAUGAAGAUGAAGUCUUGGAGCUUUUUGCAUUUGUUGCUCAGCACAAGAUAGCUGUGCAGCUGUUUGGGUCCCUUGGUUUUGCAAAGAAAGUUUCUGAUUUUAUGGAGAAUCUUGUCAAGAGGAAGCAAUUUGAUUCGACUGUGCAUGUUACUUGGCUGAGAAGAAUCAACAAGUUUUAG